UUAUCAUUCCAGUUGCUGUCAGUAUGUGCGUGGCAAAUAUACGCAGUAGUGAACUGCACCGCAACAGGAUCCGGUCGCUUCGCGGACCCUGCUGAUGCGACAUGCCAGAACUACACACGCUGUAUCUACAACGCUGCGAACAAUACCUACGUCUCCUACAACUACGUCUGCCCCACCACGUCUCUGUUCAGUCCUCUUCUGUCUCAGUGCACCAGUACCUACACCUGCCCCAAUACGACAACUAACUCGACAGCCACUGCCUGCACAGUUGAGGGUUUCAUUGCAGACCCUACAUCUACUGACUGCAGCACUUACUUACAAUGUGUACUAAUCAAUGGUGUUUAUAUCCAAACCCAGUUGCCUUGUCCAGCGGGCACAUUUUAUAAUCCAGCGACGACUCUAUGCGACCCGGCUUAUGUUUGUACCUUCACGUGUGCUACUGGUGGGAGGUUUCCGAAUUCUGCUGAUGCUACCUGCCAGUCAUAUUACUAUUGCGUCCUGGCAGCUAAUGGUACGUUUGCUCAGUACAAUUACACUUGUCCAACGACCUCUGUGUUCAGUCCCUUGACACGACUUUGUACGAACACUUACACUUGCCCUACGGUGAUAGGUUAAAACUUGUGUAUAUAAAAAAAAA